AUGCCUCGAAAGCCAAAAUCUUCCGCCAAAUCUACUCCCAAGCCCUCCGACUCAUAUCCCAAUCCACUCCCCCUUUCUCUGCAAUCACAUCCGCCAAUCCCCAUAUCGAACAACCAAACAUCCUCCGACGCCUCCUAUGACACUCAACUUGCGGAAUGGACAGCAAAGAACGCUCGAGCAAAAGCAAUAAUCAUGUCGACCCUGGUACCCGGUUCGGAGCCAUGGCAGAUUGCAGAACCUCUGGAAUACGCUGCCGAUAUCUGGAAGGCAUUAGAGGAGAAGUACGGGCCGAACAGUGAGAAGAAGGGCUUUGAUGCGAAAGACGUCGUUCACGACGAGGAUGAUGAUGGACAGGCUACAGAUGGCGGGUGGCAGGAGAAGUUGCCCGGUGACCCGCCAGCAGCGCCCAAGGAUAGCCUGGCACAAGAGGUGUCGGAAGGUCUGCAGGAAGUCGCUGAACUCUGGACCCAUGAGCGCGAGCAGGAGCAAGCGCAAGCUAGGACAAGAUGCGCGGCAGAGGGUACACAAUCGGCGGAGGAGAAGAGGAAGUGGAAUGAUGACUCGAUGCGGGAUCAACGCUUUCUAUGGGCACUAUUGAAUGGUGGCAAGGAGGAAGAGCUGAUUCGCACCUAUGAGACGAAAAAUCAUGGGUGA